UGUAGUCAUGGCCGUUUCCAUGACAUUACAUAGAAACGGUAUUUGCAGCAGAAGCGCUACAGGAAGCAGAGCGAAGACCACAGACUGCUGCACAUAAACACAGAUAGAGAUGACUCUCUAAAAACAGACAUCCAGCUCUCGGAUAAUAGGAAAUUAAUACAUUCACAGCAUACACAAUUACAUUUGGGAGAGUUGGAAAUGGAGAAACAGCAGUUGUCUGGCUCGGACACUCCGGUGUUGCCUCCUUUGCCCAGAAAACCACGAAACCUCGGAGGAAAUCCUGCAUCAAUACAGCAACAAGACAGCGUAAAUUCAUUAGACAGCCCCACUGGAUCUCAUGUGGAGUGGUGUAAACAGCUUAUAGCAGCUACUAUCUCCAGCCAGAUCUCUGGCACUGUCCCUCCAGAAGCCGGGACCAGCGAGUGCAAGGUUGGGAAGAAGAUAGAUUUCAGGGUAUCCAGGAGGCCUAACUUGAGGCAAGUAUUUAGCGAUGUACGAAGACAAGCACCCAUGGACGAAGUGCCACUGGUUCCUGGAGAGACAAUCAAAACCACUGUUAAAGACGUGAUGUAUAUCUGUCCUUUCACUGGAGCUGUGACCGGCACGCUGACAGUCACGGACUACAAACUCUACUUCGUCAGUCUUGAAAGGGAUGUUCCUUUUGUGCUGGAUGUGAACCUUGGUGCCAUCAGCAGGCUAGAGACUAUCAGUGUACAGAGCCAUGGAGAGGAUACUAGUGGCAUGGAAAUUGUCUGUAAGGAUAUGAGAAGCCCCAGGUUUGCGUAUAAAAAAGAAGAGCAAAGUAAGCUGGAAAUUAUGGAGACAUUGACCAAGCAUGCCUUCCCCCUGUCAAAUGACCUGCCACUCUUUGCCUUCCAAUACAAAGAGGAGUUUCCAGAGGAUGGAUGGAAGGUUUAUGAUCCAAUGGCAGAAUAUAAGAGAAUGGGUUUGCCAAAUGAGAGCUGGACCAUCAGUAAGAAUAACAGUAAUUAUGAAGUAUGUGACACCUAUCCUGCUUUGCUUGUUACCCCGUCCAGCAUUAAAGAUGACGAGAUCAAACGAGUGGCCUCUUUUAGAGCUAAACACCGCAUACCGGUCCUUUCAUGGAUCCACCCAGAAACUCAGGCCACUAUAGUGCGUUGUAGUCAGCCUAUGGUGGGCCCGACAGACCGCCGGUGUAAGGAAGAUGAGCACUACCUGCAGACCAUCAUGGAUGCCAAUGCACAGUCACAUAAACUCACCAUAUUUGAUGCUCGCCAGAAUACUGUGGCUGAUAAUCACAAGGCUAAAGAUGGAGGUUAUGAAAAUAAGAAUUUCUACCCCAACAUGGAGCUAAAUUUCCUGGAGAUACCAAACAUUCAUGUUAUGAGAGAGUCUCUGCGUAAGCUGAAGGAGGUGGUUUAUCCCACCAUUGAUGAGCCCCACUGGCAUUCGGCCAUAGAUGCCACACACUGGCUGGAGUACAUCCGGCUUUUGCUAGUGGGUGCAGUGCAGAUUGCAGAUAAGGUGGAGUCCAGUAAGAGCUCUGUGGUGGUGCACUGCAGUGAUGGCUGGGACCGCACAGCUCAGCUCACCUCUCUGGCCAUGCUGAUGCUGGACUCCUACUACAGAACUCUCAGGGGUUUCCAGGUGCUGCUGGAGAAGGAAUGGAUCAGCUUCGGACACAAGUUUGCUGCGCGUGUUGGUUAUGGUGAUGAAAAUCAUGCAAACUCUGAGCGCUCCCCUCUUUUUGUGCAGUUUAUUGACUGUGUUUGGCAAAUUAUGAGACAGUUCCCUUCUGCAUUUGAAUUUAAUGAGCUCUUCCUCAUCACCACACUGGACCACCUCUACAGCUGCCUGUUUGGUACAUUCCUUUACAACAGUGAACAGGAGAGAGUUGAAAAGGCAUUGAACAGUAAGACAGUGUCUUUGUGGUCCUACGUCAAUAGCCAGCCUGAGGACUUCACCAACCCAUUCUAUGUGGAAUAUGAAAACCAUGUGCUGUACCCCCUGGCCAGUCUCAGGCAUUUAGAGCUGUGGGUUGGAUACUACGUUCGCUGGAACCCCCGUAUGAGACCACAGGUGCAACAAGUUAUCAACACAUUAGCAAAGAGAUUAAUACCUGUUCACCAGAACCUGAAGGAGUUGCUGUAUUUGCGUGCAGAACUUCAGAGGAAGGUAGAGGAGUUACAGAAAGAAGUACCUUCAUCACACUCUAUCUCCUCUUCUUCAGAGCACACAUACUCUCCCUCACAUGGCGGUACACCCCUACACACCAGUGUUUAAAAAAUAUGCACAGGUUGUGUAGAAGUAAUCUUUAGGUUACAGUAAACAUAUUAAUGUGAGACAUCCAUCUAUUUUUCCUUUAUUCUCACUGGAAAAUGCUUAGGGUUGAAUGUAUAGAGGCCCAGCAUUUAUUACACACUCAGGAGAAAGCUUGCAUUCACUGCAUAAACACCCAAAAUGAAGUGAAAAGUAUUGCACACAAUUCAAUUAUGACCAUUCUGAUCAUUUUCCUUCUAAUAAGAUAAUCUAAGAAGCUUUUGAUCAUAGUAGAAAUUAUUCAGGUUGUGAAAACUAGCCCAGUAUUUCAACUUGCACGUUUAAUUUCCAGUGUUUGAUUUGUAAAUAUGCUCAAAUUUAAAUAAUUUAUUGGUAUGUUGCUGAAGUAAUUUGAGUGUCUUUUCCUUUUUUUUUUAUAGUCCCAGUCUUUCUCCAUGUGUCAUUUUGGUAUUGAUUUUUUUACUGUUAAUUUUUUUCUAUUGCUUUUCUUUGUCACCUCAGCAUAGCCUUCCUCUGUGCCAGUAACAGUAUGACCUAUUAAAAUGUACCUCAGUUUUAGUUCUUUUAUAAAUUUGACAAAACAUUUAUUGUUGUUAAGGGAGUACUUUCCUCUAACUAUGAACUUGGAUUGUGUUUUCAGGUCUUUUAGGUUGGUAGAAUAAGGUAGGAUAGUUAUUUGAAAUUUUUUUAUGUAGAAUGGGUUAUUGUGUUGAAGGAGAGAAAACUACAGUUGCGAUACUGCCAUUUUGGAACAACAUAUUGUAUUUUCUCAAUUUUCAUCUCUCAAGCACUUGAUAGUGGGAAUGUAGAAUUACGUGCUCGAAAUACCAGUGAGUGCAGCAGGUAGUGUCUGUACUAGCAUGCUUCUAUGCACACUUUACCCUAUACUACUGAAAUGUAUGUUUACAUUACUGAAUGUAAAAAAGGACCAUCAGAUCCUCACCCCCCGAUGAUUCUAUUACUGUAUAUAUUUAGUAAUAUAUGAAAAAAAGACUGGUGAAACUUUUAAUUACUGUGGAGCUCUUUAAUAUUGAACUAGAAGCCUUUAUCUUCAGUUUAGAGUUGCCAACGUUUUGUACCUCCCCUUAUUAUGUAUUUACACUCACUGAGCACUUUAUUAGGAACUCUAUGGUCUCAGUAAAGUGCCUGAAAUGGUAUUCUACCCAUCCACCUCAAGGUUCGACGUGUUAUGCUAUUCUACUCACUACAAUUGUACAGAGUGGUUAUCUGAGUUACUGUAGCCUUUCUGUCACCUCAAACCAGUCUGGCCAUUCUCCGUUGACCUCUCUCAUCAACAAGGCGUUUCCAUGCGCGAAACUGCCGCUCACUGGCUAUUUUUUGUUUUUGGUAUCAUUCUGAGUAAACUAUAGAACAGUUGUGUGUGAAAAAUUCCAGGAGAUCAGCAGUUACAGAAAUACUCAAACCAGCCCAUCUGGCACCAACAAUCAUGCCACGGUCCAAAUCACUGAGAUCAUAUAUUUCCCCCAUUCUGAUGGUUGAUAUGAACAUUAAGUGAAGCUCCUGACCCAUAUCUACCUGAUUUUAGGCAUUGCACUGCUGCCACACAAUUGGCUGAUUAGAUAAUUACAUGAAUAAGUAGGUGUACAGGUGUUCCUAAUAAAGUGCUCAGUGAGUGUAUAUAGUGUGGUAAACAAUUCAGAUCAAUGCAGCAGCUUAGGCCAUGCACCUGAAGAACAUGACAAUUAUUGUUAUAAAAAUCUGAUUACUUGUCACCUUUACAAUGCACCUUUAAAAAAUUUCUUGUUUUUUGUUUUUCUUCCUUGGUGAGUGUAUAUUCGUAUUUAUACCUCUUGUUUUUUUUUUUCACAUACACAUAAAAUCCAUGUCAGAUUGGAAGAAAUGUGACUUUCUUGAAGAGGAAUAAAUGAAUCAAAGACAA